AGUUUGGAUGCCGUUCAGUGCGCGUGUCGUUCGUGUACGGUGGGAGCAGUCGAGUGGACCAGAAGGGAUACAGCAGGAAUAGCAAAUUACAGGGUCGCUUAUCCCUUGCUAAGAUCCACCUCCCAGCGGGUUGCACCAGAAGCGGUUUAGCAUCACACUGUGUGGUCGGGCCAAAAGAUUCAGCAAGUCCGGGGACUGCAAGCAACGGUCGUUGACGGUCCUGCACAUAGCGCGCUUGCACUUGCUCCGGUAAAGAGCACCGUUUCCAUACGCACGCCACGGAAAGGAGCCGCCGACGCGCCAGCGAGAAACCUCGCGAUUCAACUUCCAUCAGUCUCCGGUCGAGGUGGGCUGAGUGAAAGUUUGGCACUGUGUGAGUGAGCAUAGAACAUAAAAGCACAAGCGUAUCCCACACACGAAGACGAAGACGACGCAGCAGCAGCAGCAGCAACAUAAGCAGCAGGAAAAACCCAACCAACACCAACGUACACGUCGCGCCCCGAGAGCGAUGGUGAACUCUUCUGGCGCGGGCGGUGGGGUCAGUGGCAACGGGGACGGAAACGGGGCAGAUAUCGACAGUAGUGGUGGUGGGAUGGGUGUUGACAACGCCGGCGGCUCCGGCAGUGGACCGCAGCAUCCAUCCGCCGCACCCUCGUCGGACCUGAUGGAGGACGUCGAGUCGGACUCGUCUGGACUGAUUGCCCUCCACGUCACGCCCACGACCGGCGGCAACUUUACCGUGCUCGUCGAGGGCGACAAAACCGUGCUGCACCUGAAGAAAAUCAUCUCCAAGAACCUGAAGGUGACCAAAGAACGCUUCUCCCUGCUGCAUCGCGAGCGCGAACUGCACGAUGGCACACUGAUGGAAAACGGGCUCGUCGAUGGUUCCAAGCUUGUCCUUACACCAAACGUGGAAACUGGAUUAUUGGUGAGUAAAAGAACGCAGCGUGCAGAGAACACAGUGAUGCAAGCGCUUGAAUCACUAAACGACAAGCAGGUGAAUGAUUUUCUAAGUGGCAGGAGCCCGCUCAAUCUGAGCGUGCGACUCGGGGAGCACAUGAUGCUGAUCCAGCUGCAGCUGAGCACGCUGAACCCAUCGUCUUCGCAGACGGCGACUAUUGGGUCGGGAGGGAUGUCCUUCAGUGGUGGUGGUCGGCUGAAAGCGUCCACGUCCGCAACGAAAGCGGUCAUCGUUAAGCCGUAUCCAAAGCAUCAUCACUACUAUCGCACUCCGGAGGGGGCAUCCUCAUCAAGCGGCAAUGUCAGCAGCAGCAGUAGCAGCAGCGCGUCAAGUUACACACCAUUAUCAUCGUAUUCAUCGGGAUCGGCAAGUAGUAGCAAGGCACGCAAUCAGUCAUCACCUGAUUCGUCGCCGGUCAGCAAUAGUAAAGCAAGCAACCUUGCACGGCGAUCGGUUGCUAAAAGUCAGUCACCCUCGACCGGUUCAGAAGACGAGAUGGAACAGCCUGCCUUAAAGCGAGCGGCUAGACAGGAAUCGGCGAAGGAAACCGCUUUAAGAAGCAAUACUGUUAGCAGCAGCAGCACCAGCAUCAUCAGCAAUAAAAAUAAUGUAAAAAACAACUCGACCCUCGCCAAGAACAAUAACAAUCAGUCUACCGGAGAGAGCAACAAUAGCAAUAGAACGGAUAGCAUAAGUAGUAACAGUGCUGGAGGUAAUGUAAGUAUCAAACAAUUCCUUGGGGACCAACAACAAGUGAGUGUGAAGAUGGAGCAGACUGGUGAAGAUCAGCCGAGGGAGAAUGGCAAAGCGGAUGUGGAACGCAUGGAGACCGAUAAGAGCGAAUCAGUUGCCGGUCCCGGCACUAACAACAUGGCGGCACCGGUGGCAAUUUCCUCCCCGAUCAAGUCACUCUCGAAACUGGUCUCCGCGCGGAUGACAACUGACGACGAGACGGUGGAGAAAGAAGGUACGAAAGUAACGGCUGAACAGUUGGAAGAUAUGCCGGAGGUUGGUGGCAGUAUGAGCGCCCCAGCCAUCGAGGAUUGUUCUGAUGCAAUUUCAGCGAAUCUAACGUCCUGUCUCUGUCGCCGCUUGGACACCGACGCAGGCACUGUAGCGGGAAAGAAGGCAAAGGCAGUAAGCAGCCCAAAAGUUAUAAACGUCCCGAGCGUGGGAAAGAAAUCACGAAAGCCGGUCGCAAGGUAUAUCGGUGAAAGGGAGGAUUUUAUGGACGGGACAACAUCAUCCUUGGCCACCAAUAGAGUUGACGGUGAGGAUUGGCAGCAGAAUCCACCCCUUCUUUCGGUUUGCCUGCAGCAAGCCGAGCAAGAUACCUCCUUCGACGAAGAAGAGAAUCCAGAAGAUCCGGUCGCAAAAAAUAUUGGUGAAUGGGAGGAUUUUAUGCAGGAAAACUCUGGAGCAGCGUCAAAACCAUCACUGACUGCCAAUAGAGUUGACGGUCGGCAGCAGAAAACACCGCUUCCGGCGCAUCGCCUGCUGCAAACUGAGCAAGAUACCGCAUUCGAUGAUGAAGAGAAUCCAGAAGAGCCGAUCGCAAAGUAUAUUGGUGAAUGGGAGGAUUUUAUGGAGGGUAACUCAGGUGCAGGAUCAACGACAUCAUCGCUGUCUGCCAAAAGAGCUGGCGGUACGAGACGGGAUCCUAAUACACCGCUUUCGGUGCAUCGCCUGCUGCAAGCCGAGCAAGAUGCCUUCGCCAAUGAUGGAAAGAAAUCACGCAAACCGGUCGCAAGGUAUAUCGGUGAAAGGGAGGAUUUUAUGGAGGAAACUUCAGAAGCAGCGUCAACGGCAUCAUCGCUGGGCGAAAAAAGAGCUGACACAGAGGGUCGGCAACAGAAUACACCGCUUCUGGCGCAACGCCUGCAGCAAGACGGGCAAGAUAACUCCUUUGACAACGGUCCUCGUUUCAUAGAGCUCGUGGCUACCGGAGAACAGGCACUGCUGUCGCAACGGAUUGCCCGCGCUGGUUUGACCUACAUCGCCGAACCGCCGAAUCCACCGUUGAAAAAUCCGGCCCUCGCUGAAGCAUCCCGCAAUCUGACGCAAACGCUGCGCAAACUGUCGAAGCGCGUAUUUACCAGCAGUGCAGCCACCUCGGCUCCCUCGUCGGGAUCUUCAGCGUCGGUAGCAACCAGCCCAACGGCAAGUGUACCGUCAUCGCCAGCACAAUCAUCAGGCGGUUCGUCUUUGUCUUCGUCCGCUUCAUCUUCCUCGCUCUCGUCGCUGGCGUCUUCCUCCUCGUCGGCCCCUUCGUCGCCCGUACCGGCGCCUUCGAGCGGGCGGAACGUCAGUUCCGGUGCCGUUAUCGAAUCGAUGAAGCACCACGGUAAAGGUAUCUACUCCGGGACGUUCUCUGGCACGCUGAAUCCGGCGCUACAGGACCAGUACGGUCGCCCAAAGCGCGACAUAUCGACCAUCAUUCAUAUUCUCAACGAUCUGCUCAGUGCGGCCCCGCAGUGCACCGCUAGCGAAACGGCUGCCGGUAGAGCCGGCAACGCCAGCACCAGUUCCUCCGCCGGCGGCACAGGAAAUAACGCACCCAGUGAGAGCGAAUCGGCAAGCGACUGUGGUUCUUCGCCAUCCCUACGACACAGCUGCCAGCAACACAAGCAAAGCAAUCGACCAACUGCGGGACGGCCCGCUGACCAUGGAUCUGGUACUUCUUGGUUUGUACCAGCGCCGAAGGAGUCCAAGAAUGUUUCGGUGUUAGCUGCACCCAAAACUUCGAAGAAGGCCUGUGCUGGGUGUAAGGGACCGAGUACUGGUUCCUCCAGCGGUUACCGCUCGCUACUUCUCUCGUCAGUGGACGAUUCCGCAUCGGCAUCGACCGCCACUACCAAAGGAAAACACCAGCCGGUUUGCAGUUGCGGCAAAAUUGGGGGCUCGUCGGCUUCACUUUCGUUCGAGGUGCAGCUGCAGUGCAAGGCAUGCCUUACGAAGGCGGCGGAAGAAGAAAAUCAAAAAAUGAAACUUAAAAUCGAUAGCUUGCGGCUGAUUAUGAAGCAGAAGCGGGAACGUCGGGAGGCACGGAAGCAGCAGACCGCCCCGUACAACGGGGGUAUGGUAGCUAAGGCCGAUAUGGAGGAAGCUGUAAACGCCCAUGCUUCCGACCAGGUGCAAAACGGGAAAUUUUUCACCAACACUCGCCUAGUUGGCAAACAGCAGUCCCACGCACUGGACGUCGAAAAAGAAACAAAAUCGUCGAAGCCGAAGAUGACAAAACCACCACAGAGAGACUUAACAUCUACGGCAGCAGAACAGCGAGCACCCACCGAACAUCAGGAUGUUCUACCGAUCGACAGCUGCGCUGCAGACGGUGACGUGCCAUUCUCUCGACCGGCCGGUACGAGGGUGAGAAAUCCUUCUUCUGCUAAGGCAUUCACGCCAAUACCAGCCAAUACGACCUAUUCGGCAUCCUCAGAGGCUUCGUCAAACGACGAAGCAGCCUCUCAUAUUGAUGACGAUAUCGAUUCUUAAGGCUAGAUAAACAUUUACUAGGGCAAUAGAAAAGAUACCUCUACGGAAGUAACAAAAAACAGAAGCAAAACUGCGGACAAAGGAAGUAACGAGAUAAGAAAGCGUAAAAGGAAGUGCUUGAAAUGGAGCACAUCAUGUUUGAAAAGGACACGGGGGACAAGCAUGAACGAAUAGCGCGAGGGAAGAUUUUAUUUCUUUCCUUUUGAUAAAUGUGGAUAAAUCGUUGUUCCCGAAUGCAACAAGCGAUUUCGGGUCUUUCCGCAGAGCAUACGAAGUAAUGUAACCUUCGAACAAACAAGCGAAAAGCAAACAAUUUACGGUAACACAAAACUGUUCAUUCAACAAAAUAACUUUUGCAUGAUAGCGAUACUGCUGGUAAACUCUGGUUGUAGCGAAAUGUAGCAAUAAGAAGGUGCUGUAUACUGCGCCAAUUAGAUAGUAGGGUGGAGUAUAGGUGGUAAGAUAGAAAAGUAAACUGCAAUACCUGGGUUCCUGUUGAGGAGUGAUAGUGAUCCUCUUGUUUUUUCCCCCCGUAAUCAAGGACCACAAACCUGUUGGAGUUUUAAAGCUAUAUAACAAUCCUUAGUAUGAAAGUUUCGAAGAAGAGAUUCAGGACGGCAGUGGCACAGACGGCAGGGGGAAAAGUGUAUUGAUCUCCAAAAUUUUAAUUGGCGCGUUUAGCUAGCGCCCUACUAUGGAGAGUCUUUCAAAAAAUGGCUGGAAAAAUUGAAAUUUAAUGCAAUAACAGUUUCUACAAAGGUGAUUAUAAGGACGACCUGUAUAAGAUACCUUUCCGUGUUAAAUCCAACAUGUGCUUGGAGAAUUUGAAUUUCCAAGUUUUUUUUUCCUUUUGUGUUUCCAAGUUAAGAAUUUAAAUUGUCAUGUUCGUAGG